UCAUCCAGUUGACAAGUUCGUCGUCUUCAUCCGUCAUCCUACUGACCUCAUCUUUUCCAAUUUUCCAAUUUUCUUUUUUUCUUUCUCCAAAGAUUCAGUUAAACAGUGAAAAAGGGUUCAAUAAUUUGAUAGUGAAGAGAAAAAAAAAUAUGUUCUUUCUCCACAAAUCAUAUCAUUUCAAUCCUCAAAAUGGGAACGAAGGUUUGCAGAUCUGUUUUUCAACUCUAUCCGAUUUCCAAAAGUGUCGAUGGAACUUGGAACAAGUUAAAAUAGGUUACUCCUUUUCGUUUCAAAGUACUGUUUGAGGAUUUAGGCCUUGUCUGAAGGCUAAUGGCUCGGAGUUCACAAGUACCAAAAUUUGGUAAGUGGGAUGAUGGGGAUGAUGUCCCGUAUACAACCUAUUUUGACAAUGCGACAAAGGCUAAAUUCGAGAGGAUGAAUCCAAAUGAUCCUCUUCCUCACCGUGAGGAGAUUUCAGAAACAGUGAGGUCAAACUAUGAGAAUCAAAAAAUCAAAGAGGGUGGUGUUGUGAGGAGGCAACCUGAAUCUCCAUUACACCAUGAUGCUCCGGAAAUGUCUGGUCGGGAUUAUAAUGGUAUAAAGUCUGCAAAGAGACGGGGUCAACAAUUAUCAGGGCCAAAGCACACACAAGAAGAUUUGAGCAUGGAAGAUGGCAACAUGAAGAAACAACUUGGUUCCCCUUUGGACCAUCGAUCAAUCGGUCAGGUUAGCUUUAACUCGCCUCUUCAUCAACGUCAAGGUAACAACAGCUCAACCAGUAAUUCAUCGAAAGGGACUAUGAGAAAUGGCACGGUUUCUGAAUGCAGCAUAGAAAAUUCUCCUCUCCAUUCGCGACAGCAUCCAAGGACUGAACCAAAAACUGCUGUACCAUCUUCACCAUUACGGGAUAGAAGGGGCUCAAGUUCGCCUAGAGAAAGUAGUCAUGAAGGUUUAGCUCCCUUGACUCUGGGAAGAUCACGUCUACGAUCUGUUCCUCGGGGCAAUGAAACCCCUGAUCGUGGUGCCACAGUCCCAAGAUUUGGUGACUGGGAUGAAAGCGAUCCAUCAUCAUCUGAGAACUACACUAAUAUUUUCACCAGAGUGCGCGAGGAGCGACAAACUGAAGACGGAAGUUUGCCAGCUGGGACCAAUGUUUCCAGUAUUCGUAGUCGUUCUGGUGCUGAAAACUCAAAGAGAUGUUGCUGUUUUCCAUGGGGAAAAUGACUGCAAGAAAGCAUAGAAUAUGUUUUUAGCUUUUUCUAGAUGGAAUGGUAAUGGUGGGAAUUUGUUGUUUUUAAUGGAAAUGUUGGGUUUGGGCAAAGGCAUUUUUGGGCAACAUAUUAGUGGUAAGGCUUUUGUUUUUUUUUGGCAUAUUAUGGUGUUUCUCACGUUGUCUUUUUGAAUUUAAUACAUUCAAAAUAUUUAUUACUUCUAAUGCAUAUAUCAUUUCAAAUAUUAUUCAA